GCCGCGCGUUUCCCGCCAAAAGCUCUCGCGCCAGUCGUCCGCCUCGGGAGUCGUUGCGUCCGCGCGGAGGCAGUGCGCCGGUCAGGACCGCGGACGACCGACCCGAGUGCCCGCCGUGUGCCCCCCUACCGCCCUUCCAUGCCCAGCCACACAGCUGCGCCCAAGCUUGUCUAGCAACCGCCCAGCCAAGUGCUCUGGAUGCUGGGCCCUGAGGGAGGCGAAGGCUAUGUGGUCAAGCUCCGUGGGCUGCCCUGGUCCUGCUCAAUUGAGGACGUGCAGAACUUUCUCUCCUACUGCACGAUUCGUGAUGGGGUCGCAGGUGUCCAUUUCAUUUACACUAGAGAAGGCAGGCGGAGUGGUGAGGCUUUUGUUGAACUUGAAUCCGAAGAUGAUGUCAAAAUGGCCCUGAAAAAAGACAGGGAAAGUAUGGGGCAUCGGUACAUCGAGGUGUUCAAGUCCCACAGAACCGAGAUGGAUUGGGUGUUGAAGCACAGCGGCCCCAACAGCGCCGACACCGCCAGUGGCUUUGUGCGGCUCCGGGGACUCCCGUUUGGGUGCACAAAGGAAGAGAUCGUGCAGUUCUUCUCAGGGCUGGAGGUCGUGCCAAACGGGAUCACACUGCCUGUGGACCCCGAGGGCAAGAUCACAGGUGAAGCUUUUGUGCAGUUUGCCUCACAGGAGCUCGCUGAAAAGGCGCUUGGGAAACACAAGGAGAGGAUCGCGCACAGGUACAUUGAGGUGUUCAAGAGCAGCCAGGAGGAGGUGAAGUCUUACUCAGAUCCACCUCUGAAGUUCCUGUCUGUGCAGCUGCCAGGGCCCUACGGCAAGCCUGGCACUGCACGGAGAUACAUUGGCAUCGUGAAGCAGGCAGGCUUGGAGAGGAUGCGCUCUGGGGCCUAUAGUGCAGACUACGGGCAUUACGAGGAGCACAGCGGCCUCAGCGAUGGGUAUGGCUCCACCACCGGCCUGUUUGGGAGAGACCUCAGCUACUGUCUCUCCAGCAUGUAUGACCACAGAUACGGAGAUGGGGAGUUCACAGUGCAGAGCACCACCAGCCACUGUGUUCACAUGCGGGGGCUGCCCUACAAAGCCACUGAGAAUGACAUCUACAACUUCUUUUCACCAUUCAACCCUGUGAGAGUGCAUAUCGAAAUUGGACCCGAUGGCAGAGUGACAGGCGAGGCUGAUGUGGAGUUCAUCACCCAUGAGGAAGCCGUGGCGGCCAUGUCUAAGGACAGGGCCAACAUGCAGCAUCGCUACAUAGAACUCUUCCUCAGUUCUACCACAACAGGGGCAAGCAUCAGGGCUUACAGCAGCCAGGUGAUGCAGGGUAUGGGUGUGUCGGCCGCCCAGGCCACCCACAGCGGCCUAGAGAGCCAGUCAGUGAGCGGCUGCUACGGGGCUGGCUAUAGUGGUCAGAACAGCAUGGUGGGGGGAUGA